UCAGUUGGCAGCAGAAAAUAAUAUCAUGCUUAAACAAAUCGAAACAAACAAAAGUGAACGUCAAACACUUGUUGCGUAUCAAAAGAAUUGUUACGAGCAGUUGCAAGUGUUACACAAGAAUAUUGAAGACCUAGAGAAGACAAACGAGAUACUUAAAGAACAUUUAGAAAAUGAAAAACAGACUGUCAAUGCUCUACAAACAGAACGCGUGCGACAUUUGGAAGAAAGAACAAUUUUGACUGCAAUUUAUGAAAGACUUAAGUCGGAAAUCAGUAAAGUUGAUCAAUUGGAAGGUGCCGUCACGACAAUGAAUAAGAAAGCCAGUAAAUUAGCAUUGAUAGCUGAAUAUAACAAACAACUCGGUGAAAAACUCCAAAAUGAAGUAGCCGAAAAAGAUGUGGCUAUAAAUGAACUACAAAACAAUGUAAAACAGUUGAAUUCGUUCCAAAUGGAGAGCACCAAGGAAAAAGUGGCGCUCUGCGAAGAGUUGAACAAAGUGUUCAGCGUCAAAGAGGUACUUAACACUAAAUUGACUGCUGAGUUAGAGAAAAACGUGAUUUUGGACGAAUCAAAGAGAGAAAUUCAAAACAGCGCUAACUUACAGUUAAAGGAAAUUCAAGCUGCGUACAAUCGUGAGCAUGAAGCACUUAAGACACUUGUUCAAGACGUUAAAAAAUUAGUGGCUGAACGUGAUUCUUUAUUGCAAACAAAUAAAGAUUUUGAAUCAAAAUGUAUUAAUCUUAUGAUGGAACAUGAUAAGCUUGUGGAAUAUAUUAAAACACUUCAAACAGACUUCAAAGAAAAAGAAGAGAAAUUUUACGAGUUGGAAAAACAUAUCGAAAAACAAUCGGAUGUUCUUGAAACUUUACAGAAAAGCAGUUUAAGUGAGGUUAAUUAUUUAAGAAAUAAAUGUGAAUUGACUACCAAUCAAGUGGAUUCUUUAAAAACUGAGAAUGAAGCUUUGAAAGGAUCUCUGGAAUAUUUACAAACAGAUAUUGGCAAAAUUCGUAAUGAUUUAGAUCAAUCAAAACAAAAUGAACAGGAAUAUAAAAAUGCAUUGGAAAACCUUCAAAAUACUUAUAAUGAAUUAUAUCAGGAAUAUAGAAACAAAACAAACGCAUUACAACAAAUAAUUGAAGAAAAUGAAGCGUUGAAGAUAAAUGUGUAUUCUUUGGGUGAAAAGUUCAAAUGUUUAAGUGAAGAAAAUGAAAGAAUUUCACAAGAUUCUUUGCGUUUGGAGACAAUGCUUGCAGAAAAAUAUCAAACCACAAAAGUGGCUGGUCUACCAACUCCAAAACACGUAGAGAAUGUCUUGGAUGACAUAAAUGCUAGAGAUGAAGAGAUUUUAAUCCUUCAGGAUCGUCUGCGUGAGCAUGAAGAGCGCGGAGAGGAAUUAAAUGAUUUAUUUGCAACUAUUUCAGAAAAUCGGAACAAUUUUGAGAAGAAAAAUGAACUAUUGCAACAAGAACUCGAUAGCACCGUGCAAGACUUGCAGAAUUAUCGUGAACGUUGUGAUAAACUCGAAAAAAUCAUUGAAGAGUUAGAGAAAAAUAUGGUUUCCAUUGAUGUUUUGGAAGAUCAGCAUGAGAGGUUUAAUUCGACGCUUGAAGCACGCAAACAGGAGUAUAAGAUUGCAUUCCAAAAACUUGAGGAAAAAAUAAAUGAUUUACAAGAGCAAAAAGAGCAAGAUGAUAAAAAAUAUGAAGAAACUGCUAAAAAUUGCGAGCAAUAUAAAGAAGCACAUGAAAAACUUCAAAAGGCUCAUAAAGUAUUGGCACUCAAGUUAUUCACAGCUGUCAGAGUAUUAAUUUGCGAGAAAGUCGCAAUGGAAACUUCACAAACAAAAUUAAACACUUUGGAGAAAGAUAAAGAACGAUUAUUGAAACAUAACGAACAAAGUGAAGAAGAACUUCACCAACUUCGAAUGCAGCUUAAUGAAUUCCAACAAGAAUUAGACGAAGCAAAAUGUGAAAACUCUUCAUUAUUUGAAGACAUCACAUCGACUCGCGCACUUAUAUCAGACUUACAACUUAAACUAUCCGAAGCAUCAAUUGGGAAUAAUCAGAAAAUAAAAGAACAAGAAAAGUGCAUAGUUACAAUGAAGAAUCAACUCGACGAAAGCCGAAAAUCUUUGGAUAACUUACAAAUAAUAAUCGCUGACCUUGAAGCCACCACAGCAUCUUUAGAGUUUGAGAAAUCAUCAGCUGAAAUACGCCUGCACGAACUUGAAACACAAACACAAAGUGAAAUAAUCCGCAGUAAUGAAAUGAAAAGAGCCAUGCAGAGUACUCUAUCAUUGAUCAUUGAAAUGAAAGAACGCGGGAAUAUUUCCCCACAUGUUCACAACCAGCUGCUUCAGUCAUUUAGUGUGGCGCACGUCUGAAGUUGGGGUAAUCAACACAAGAUGGCGCCUGAUGUUCCAAUGCAACGUUAAAUUCAAGUUUAUACGUGCGUAUAGUAUAAUAAAUAACCUCUAACUAAUUUCGUUUCGUUUCACCGUGCUUUAUGUUUACAAUUUCUAAGCGUAAUGUCAUUUUCUAAUUCUCCUGAUAAUAAUUACGCUUCGAUAUUGAAUGAAAUUGAACAAGAGGAGGAAAAAUACAAAGAAUUGAAAAAAGAACUAGAGGCAUGUAAAAACCACCUGCGCGCUAAUGAAAUACUCAACAAUCCCGAGUUUACCCGCGAAAAGUUAUUCCAAGUGCGCGUAAAAGUUUUCCGAACAUUUACGGACCUGCUGGCGGUCUUACCGGAAAAGGUCACCGCCGAAGAGCUAUCAUCCCAAACCCUCAACGCUCUCUCUGAUGAUUGCAACAUCUUCCUUAUCGAGCUAUUCGUGUCCCGUCCCUUCCAUAACAAGCUCCUUGCAAAAGAAUGGCUCGUAGACUUUUCCAUCGCCGCCGGCGGUCGUAAAAUCGCCAAAUCCGUGACCCUACGAAACCGCGCCGCCAACCCUAUCACCGCUGUACUAGCAGUCCCUCAACGCAGGACUAACGAUGAAAUCGUAGAAGUAUUCCUCACGUCUCCGACGAAUUGGCGCCGUAUUCAGUUGGCGAAGAUUCCAACCGAUGUUUCAUUCAAGUUUACCAAUUGCAAAUCGAAGGCUGGUGUUUCUGUCGACCAGGCGAUUGAAAAAAUCAAUCGGAUUUAUGCGGAGCAUGAGGAUAAGCAGCGGCCGUCAACGAUGAAUGAGUUGCUCAGCUACAAGUUGCGUUGUGAGCUCGAUAGAGAGUCCUUCAUCGCGGCGACGGCGCGCAACUCAUACGCCAGCUUGGAUCCGGCGCAAAUUAUUUCUAACGAGGGUAAUCGCGCCGCCAAAAUCGAAAUUAAUGAUCAACGGGUGCAGCUGGAAUUGGACGUCGGCAAGAAGUGCUUGCGGAUCGAGGCGCCCGGGGAGGAAUUGUGCCAAUUGAAACGAUAUUUUACGAUGGCGUCCCUUAACGACGGCCGGAAGUGGCAAAAGCAAGAUUUCCAGCACAUACAAUCAGUUAAUAUUCUCAAGGACGCUAGGACGAAGCUAAUGGACGCCAUGAAGUGCAAUCGCAUAGAUAUACACGAUCUGCUCAACAUUUAUGAUGUUUACAGCCGAUUUGUCGAUAACUGUCCAUUAUAACUCAACACAAAUAGAUUUUCAACUUGUGUGUGCA